AUGGAGCUGCAACCACUGGCGGUCGAUGAGACGGGCCAGCUAUUGACACAGACUCUGCCUGCACGGCCAAGUCAUGACCGAACUGGUUCUCGGCUUGCUUGCCGCGUGCUAUAUCAUUUCUUUCUAGUUGUGGUCGUGCUUGCGCUAGCCAUCAUCUGCUUCGCUGCGGCGCAUCCUUUACAUGACUUCUCUCUUACCAGACUAGUUGGGUUGGCAGCUGUCGGCGCAGCUCCAGUAUCAAUCGACCCGAACAGCAUCGAGCCCCCGGUCGUGAACACGACUAGAUUGCUUCAGCAGGCUUUGCUUUACGGACAUGCAUCUGUGGCCACGACGACGAGUGCAAAGAACCACUCCUGGCCACCUGCAGCACUGAAACAUGCAGGCGAAGACUGCUGGCGAGCUUGCGGAAACGCAUCCGGCGAUUGUGCCUGGUGUGGUAUAGGAAAUGCCUGCUGCCGGCAGGGCGCAAAGUUGGACCCGCCAGAGUGCGAAGGUGCUACCUUCGCGACCACCAAGUGGCAUACCUGCGUGACGCCAGCAAAGCGUUUUUUCCUGAAGCAUGCAUCACAAGAUUGCCUGUUACACUGCAAUGGCCGCAGUGGGUAUUGCGACUGGUGCGGUUCAGGAAAUGUUUGCUGCAUGCAGAAGGCUGUUUCCCUGGACGCUCCAGAGUGCAAGGGCGCGUAUUCUUUCAGAGUUAGCAACGAGUAUCGGUGUGUGCCCACCACGGGUGUUUGUGAUGUGGGAGUGGGAGAGCUUCCAGAUGGCUACGGUGGCUGCAAGAAGCCAGACACGGCUCCAUCCACCGGAUUCUACAUGUACAAGGCCUCCUCACCGUUUUGGCCUCGUGAGCUGAACUUGAGCACGAACAUGGGCAGUUUGGGAGGUGUUCUUUGGUAUUUGCACAAUGACAUCGUCACAGAAUGUCCGCGCAAGCACGGAAUCGAUCGAAUUGAGCGGUUCUUUGUCACGACCAAGCCGACCGACGAGCUUUAUCGGAACGGCAAACGUUUGUUCGACAGCUUCCGAGAAUUCCGACAAGGCAAAGUGCAGGACCCCACCUUCAAGGCAACUCACUGGGAUAAGUACGGCUACAAUGUGGGCUGUGUCCGAGUUGACCCGAGGCAGUCCACAGCCUUUUACCCUGAUGCCAUUUGGUAUUCACUCCCUGGGCGAUGCCCAACGCAAGAGCUCGAACGCAAAACAGAAAGAUGCGAGCUUGAACAGCCCGGUGGGUAUUGUGAUGUGCCGAACGGUAAUCAUACUUGCACUUGGACCGCGACCUAUGCAGGGGAGGUGUUGCUUGAUGACCUUUCUGGCAUAACAGAUCCAGUCUCGUUCUGCAACUUGGGCGGCUUCGAGUACGACAUUGGCCUGGAUACAGGAAUCCAAAACGACUUUUGGAAUGGAAAGCUGAAUUUGGAAGCAUGCAGCCGUCGUGUCGACCAAGUGCAGAUCGAGUUCGCCAAGAAAUAUCCUUAUCUGCCUUCGGCACUGGACCUGACGCUGCUCUCCAUCACUGCCACCGCUCCUGGCAGAAGCUUUCCAGUGUGGAAGGUGUUUUUCAACAACCGCCGCAUUUUACGCGAUGUGAUCCGAUGCUGGGCGAGUGCCUUCCUUGGCACGGACAUCAACCAUGAGAUUCCCUCGCAUGCUACCGCCCGGGCUUCGGACAAGACUCUGGACCCGGAUAGUCGCAUUGGAAGUUUGCGCAGCGUUCUACCCAUUCGCCACGGCGCCUACAAGCUUGAAAUCACUUGGCCAGCCGAUGCUCUGUUGAACCCUGUUGUUGUUCUCGCAUGGUUUGCUUGGCUCGCAGUCACCUGUUUCAAGCAAGGCGAGGAUCCUGGAUUCACCUCCGCGCCGCUUGUGAUAACAUUCCUGCUCCCAGAUGGGGUGAGCACGAGAGAUGUAUGGUUCUACGAAAGCCCUCUCGGUUUGGACUUCAGCAUGCGCUUGCCGAUGAAGGUGAAGGCCGUCAAGCCUGGCUUCAUUGGUGAGCACAGCAAGGUGCAAGUUGGCUGGACCAUCCUGAAAAUCGACGGCAGACCCGCGCCGGGCAGCUUCGAUGCGACGCUGAUGAUGCUGCAAACGAGGCUACAAGGGAUGAGGCGUUUCUGCAGGGCUGUCUCCUCCAACAUUGAUGGAUUCGCUAUGAGUCAGCAGCAGCUGCGGUAUGCCGCAGCCAAAGAGGGCAAGAGGAGGCCAGGGACGGUGGCCAAAGCCUCCGCAAAGGCCGAGAAGAUGCAGCAGGGAGCGAGGUCCAAACUUCGCAAGUUACAUCCCAGUGCAAGAUAUUGCCAUGUAGACAGACGCGUGAUGGGCUGGGGAUCCUCCAGCACUCACAAAUCCAAAAUCCAAGCAGGCGUUUACUCUCAAACUAGAGGUCACUAUCCAGAAGCACAGCUGGCCCGUGCAAUGCGGACGCCCCCCUUGCCCAAAGAUGGAAGGGUUGAGCUGCGAAGUCGCUGCCUGGCAGCUGUGGAUGACAACGACAAGACCAACAAUUACUCUCUACGCUGUGCAAGAGCGGAUGCGGCUGUGACCAUCCAGGAUGUCGGCGCGCGAGGUCGAGCUGGAGGUGACGCCCGACACCUUCGGGUUCAGUCAAGGCAGCUCUGGCUUGCGGAACCGCCACCAAGCUGUUCCCAACGGAAGUGCCGUAAGCUACAGCUACUGCUGCACGCAGCAAUCGACGAAGACACUGGGUACCCGCGCGUUCUUCAGGAGGCCUCAUCGCUGCAAGAGCGCAGACAAAGCUUCAUUUUGGUCCUCAUCUCUGGAGUCGAUGUCAUCAGCAGUGCCGUCAUGAUGGGCGUUGCCUUCAAGUUUGCGUACCGAGCCAUUGGGGCAUCGCUGUACUGCCUGGGCUUGCAGGCCAUCUCCCACAUGCUGUCUUCCAUCAUUUUGAUCGUGCGCUUGGUGGGAGAGUUGGGUGUGCCACAAGACGCGGAGGAAUCCCUGCUCAGGGAAAAGCGACGACGCUUCUUGUACCGGGAGCAGGGUCUUAACGUGGUUAUGGGCCUUGCCAUGUUGGUUGCUGCAGCUGCCCUCGUUUUCAAGGCGGCCCGGAAGAUCAAGUUCUGGGACAAGUGGUACCUGGAUCACCGGGACAUGGAUACAGAGGCCCAGUGGGCUACGGAAUUCCUGGCAUGGUACGGCUUCGCCUUCUACCUGCUUCAGGCAAUCGCGCGCUUCUUCCUUGGGCGAAAGCUGCGAAGGGGCAUUGUUUGGAGUGCACUGGUGAACUCAGUCAUCAGUCUGGUCUUUCUUCUGGUCAUGGGAUUGGCAGCCAGCUAUGAGAAGGAAGGGAUGUGGAAGGCAGAACCGAUUUGCGCCAUUGUUCUUGCAAUUGUCAGCGUGGUCGAGGGCAUACGGAUAGUCAUCUCCAACAUGGAUAGUCAGGCGACCGUCUUUGAUACCCGCACAAAGUGUGCGGCAAUUAAGCAGGUCCUCUUCGAAGUGAAACUGUCCGGCCCGGAUCAGCUGAUACAGAACUGGGAGGCUGCAUGCCAGCGGUACGAGAGCUUCCUGCAGCAGAGGGGCCAGAAGCUAGACAAGCAGGCAUUGCAGGUGCCGCAUCCUGUCUUCAUUCCCUCACGGGGUCGACCAGAGAAGGCACAUCUCAAUUGGGAAGCUCCGCAUGUUUUCGGCCCCCAGGAGAAGGAACCAGGCUUGGCGCCCGUCGUUUGCAUCGUGGUCGAGCCCGAAGAGGAGGAGGCCUAUCGGGGGACCUGGCCACUUGCUUUGAUGCUCGUCCUUCCCGAAGGCAAUCGCGGACCAGGCUACGCUCGGUGGGUUGUCCAGACGGUGUGUACUCGGGCAACCGUCACUGGAGGAUGCGCUGGACCCUGUCAGACGGCAACGAUGCUACGCCGCUUGGGAAGGAUCUGGAUCGUGGACGACACUUUGACCACGUUCUACAGGUUGGCCUGGAUGCACAACUUCCGCCAGUGCGGCAGAUUGGCAAGGCCUAAGCGGAUGAAGCACAGAGUUGCCAGCAGCGAGCUGAUGUUCGUGGAGGCACUUUUGGCAGUCCAGCGCCAUCCGUUUGCUGGCAGGGCCGCGGUGGCUGGUUUCUUACGAGACGACGGCACCGCUGUCUGCAAGCGUGCCGAGUGGAAGCUGGACGAGCUCGCCCUGUACAAGGUGGUGCUCCUGGACUUGAACGAGCUUCGACGUUUGCAAGUCGAGUACGUGCCGGGUCUACAGAUGUACGAGGACAUCUGUCUCAAUCACGACGUCCUGAGCAGGGGAGGUCGAACCCUGAAAUGUCAGUGCUACGGCUUUCGAGCCGUGCACGCAAAGAUGGGAGGCUGUUUACAGCAGCGUGCUGGACAUCGUGCUGCAGGAAAGAGCACGGGCAUUACCAAGCUGGAGGAUCUAGUCCAACCUGCUGCUUUUGCGAGCAUGGGCCACGACAGACAGAAGGCUAUCGGGGAGCUGCUUCGCUGGGUCCAAGACAAAGAGACCCUGUACCGGAAGCGAUCUUCGCAGGAGCCAGACCAACCGUCUUCCAACGCGAGGAAGAGAAAGGAAUCAAGCGAGAACUCUGAUCGUACCGAUGGCCGGACAGGAAGCAGUGAUGUGAAGGUCGAGCUCCCCGAGGCCAUCAUAGUCAGCGAUGACAGUGACUUCGAGGAGCUGAAGAUGACCUCGGCAAACACGGACAUUGCACCCCUUGCCUGGGGGCUACCAAGUCAGAGGGUGCGAGUUGCGAUGAAGUAG